UUCCGCGGCACAGGAAUCGAUGGUGCAGGCGGAGAGCGCUCCCGGCAGAGCCGGCGAUGGAGGGGAGAAUCGAUGGCUGCCUCGUUUGUCACCAAUCAGAAAUAUGGGAUAAUUGGAUUUCCUGCAAAUAGAGAAAUAAAUAAGUGAAUUCAUCAGCUGGGUCACGGUCAUCGACUUCUCUUGGGCCACCUUGGCAGAGCAAAACCCCGCCGACCCCUCGCCGGGACGCUUAACUCCGUGGGAAACCUAAUGGCAGCAUCUAAACCUAAACCCUCAUCCUCGGUCUUUAGUGAAAUUAAUUCUCUUUCCCGGUUCUGCCGACCCCAAGUCUGUGUAUCUCCCGCUAAAGCUGGAAGAAGAGAUGGUUUAGGGAGGAUUGUGGGGUUUUAGGUGGGAAAAAUUCAAAAUUCCACUUAUUUUGCAGAGGAACAGCAUCUUUAAUAACCUCUCAUUAUUACUCCAGGAUGGGAUUUUUGCUGGAUCUCAGAUGGGUUUGUGAAAGGUCUUACUUGCAAGUGGGGAAACUGAGGCACGCAGCAAGACUUGCUCCCAAGAGCAUCCUUUGAGCAUCUCCCUGCCGCUCCCAGCUCCGCUAAUUAGCCCUGACUGGGAUUAAGCUCCAGCCUAGAUUAACACCGUGAGCCGUGCUUUCCAAUAAUGAGCUGCCGGUGUCAUAAUCCUCACCCCGACGGGGGACGAAGCAGCAGCAAAACCAUCGGCGGGUCCAUCCCCGCUCACCCAAGACCCGGAUCAGACUAUGCCGAGGGCUCAACACCUUUUUUUCCAGACUUCAACAUCUGUAUCUAAUCCAUCCGCUUCAGUUUAGAGCUCUGACAAACCAGCCUGGAUACAAAUAAUUCACUUUAGUUUUUUUCCUUCUGAAUUGCAUCUCCGGGGUGGUUUUUUUGCUCAGCACCAGCUGGAGACGAGACCCUUGAUCCCAGCCUACCUGACCGUCAGCAUCGAGCCGCUGCCGCCCGUGGUGGUGGGAGACGCCGUCACCUUGAAAUGCAACUUCAAGACGGAUGGGAAGAUGCGGGAGAUCGUCUGGUACCGGGUCACCGAUGGUGGCACCAUCAAGCAGAAGAUCUUCACCUUCGACGCCAUGUUCUCCACCAAUUUUUCACACAUGGAGAAUUAUCGGAAGAGGGAGGAUCUGGUCUAUCAAUCCACCGUGCGAAUUUGCAAACUGGAUUUCCAAGCUUGUUUUUUCCCCAGCGCGAGGUAAUAAAAUUCUGCGUGUGGUGCGGAAAAGGAAAAUAGGCCUCCCCGAGGUUCGCAUUUCGGACAACGGUCCCUACGAGUGUCACGUGGGGAUUUAUGACCGAGCCACGCGGGAGAAGGUGGUCCUGGCGUCCGGGAAUGUGUUCCUCAACGUGAUGGCUCCCCCAACGUCCAUCUCGGUGCUCGCGGCCGACACGCCUGCGCCCUUCAGCCGCUACCAAGCGCAGAACUUCACCCUGGUGUGCGUGGUCUCUGGCGGCAAGCCCGCCCCACUGGUGUACUUCAAGCGGGACGGAGAACCCAUCGAGGCCACCCCGCUGCCGGAGCCGCCGGCCGGCGCCGGAAACUGGGCACCCCGUAACCUCCUUCACCGCGACCUGGAUGACACCAAGGUCCCCAAAUCUCUGGCAGGCGAAGGAGAAGUGGGAGGCGGCCAAUCCCCAGUCACCAUGGACCCACCGCGGGGCUUGGCUGCCGAGCGAGGUCCCGUCACCGAAAUCAUCCCUGAAACGGUGGUGAGCCGGGAGUUCCCGCGCUGGGUGCACGUGGCCGAGCCCAUCUACUAUUUCCGCCACACGCACGCGCCCGUCAGCGACGGGACGGUGGAGGCGCGGGCCACCCUCACCUGGACCCUCAACCCCCAAAUCGACAACGAGGCGCUUUUCAGCUGCGAGGUCAAGCACCCGGCGCUCUCCAUGCCCAUGCAGUCCGAGGUGACGCUUGUGGCUCCCAAGGGCCCGAAGAUCACGAUGACCCCGACGAGAGCCCGCGUGGGAGACACCGUGCGGAUCUUGGUGCAGGGCUUCCAGAACGAAGUCUUCCCCGAGCCCCUCUUCACCUGGACACGUGUGGGGAGCCGGCUCCUCGACGGCAGCGCCGAGCACGACGGCAAAGAGCUGGUGCUGGAGCGGGUGCCGGCCGAGCUCAACGGCUCCAUGUACCGCUGCACCGCCCAGAACCCGCUGGGCUCCACCGACACACACACCCGCCUCAUCGUUUUCGAAAACCCAAAUAUUCCCAGAGGAACAGAGGACUCCAAUGGUUCACUUACCGGCCACUGUGGCUUCAGACUAGUUUUGGUGCUCACCCUAACAGUGAUCCUGGAGCUGACGUGAAGCUUCGCCUGCCUCUUCCUCCUCCUCCUCUUCCUCCGUACGGCUCCACCUGGCAUUUACAUCUCCAUCAAUUGGUUCUCUUGCUCUCUCUUUUUUUUCUAUACUAUUUACAGUCUAUAUCUUUUUCUGUCUGUGUCUCGGCUUCCUCAGACAAUUUAAUUAAAAGGAAAAAAGAAAAUUC